AUGCCAAUGACAGACACAAGUAAUCAUCAAAUUGAUUCACCAUUAUCAUCAAAUGAUAGUAAUAGUAAUAAUAAUAAUAUAGAAAUUCAAUCGACAACACUUUCUAAUCGUCGAUCACAACGACGACGAACAAAUCCUCAAUUACAAAUGCGAAGUAGUUCAUUAACAACAACUAUAUUAAAAGAAAAUAGUUGUACAAAUGAAUGUUCAUUAGAAACAACCAAAGAAAAUAAUAAUAAACAACAAGAAAAAUCUUCUACACCUGUAUAUAUAGAUAAACUUGUAUUUAAAACAUCAAAAUUAAAUCCAAAAUCAUCUUAUUGGACAGUAACGGAUCGACAAGCUGAAUGGUAUAAACUUACUAUACCAGUCAAUCAAUCAACAAAUAAUAAUAGUAAUAAUAUAAAAGAACCAUCAUUAAUAGUACCAUAUCGAUUAUUACCAAAUAUAUUAGAAAGAAAAAAAUCAAAUUUAAAUCUGAAUGAUCAUAAUGAUGAAUUAAUUGAUACAACUGCAUUAAUAAUGAAAGUAGUAAUGCAUGAACUUGAUUAUGAUAUGGAUGAUGAUGAUUUACAAUUUCUUGAAGAAUUAAAUCAAUAUAUGGAAAGUCAUCAAGAACGAAUAAUAAGUGAAGAAGAAUAUGAAAAUGCAAUAAUUAUUUUAGAAUAUUAUACAGCUGAAAAAAUUCGUUCAAAUCUUAAACAAAAAUCAUGUGAAGAUGAUGAUAUUGUAUGUGAUAUAUGUUUAUUACCAGAUGCUGAUGAUGGAAAUGAAAUGGUUUUUUGUGAACGUUGUAAUGCAUGUGUACAUCAAAAUUGUUAUGGAAUAACAGUUGUACCUAAUGGUACAUGGCUUUGUAAAUCAUGUUCAAUUUUAAGACGACCUGCUUGUCUACUUUGUCCAAAACUGGGUGGUCCAAUGAAAUGUACACCAAGUGGAACAAUUUGGUGUCAUUUAACAUGUGCACUUUGGUUACCAGAAUUAAAAUUUGCUGAUUAUGUAAAAAUGGAACCAAUAUUAAAUUUAGAUAAAAUUCCACAUGCACGUUGGACUCUUCGUUGUGUUGUUUGUUCAACAUCAGAAGGUGCUUGCGUACAAUGUGCACAUAAAAAUUGUCGUACACCAUUUCAUGUCACUUGUGGUCUUUCUGCUGGUUAUUUUCUUGAUGUUCAACAAACAUCAUCUGAUAGAACAACAUCAUCACGUUCACAAUUUAAUGCUUAUUGUCUUAAACAUUCUCAUGAAGCACGACAACGUUCUGAACCUGAUUCAUCAACAAUAUCAUUAUCAAAUCAAAAUACUGAAGAUGAUUCUUCAUGUUUACCUUCAAUAAUACCUUUAACAGUUUAUCAUCGUCAAAAACUGAAAACAGAUGAAUGGUUAUUAAAAUUGUAUGAAAAUUUUCAUACAUUUAUUUCAUCAUCUCAUUUAAAUGAUGAAUGUCCACAAGAUUAUAAUGAAUAUAUAUCAACAAAAAUUUAUAAUUAUUGGAAAGAAAAAAGAAUUUUAAAUAAAAAUCUUUCUUUAAUUAAACGUAUUGAUAUUGUACUUGAACAACGUGAAAAUGCUGAAUUACUUAUUGCACAAAUAAAUAAUUGUCUUAAAAUACGAAAUAAAAUUCGUCAGCUUCAAAAUUAUUGUAAAUCAAGAUUAUAUAUUCCAACUUCAACAUUUAAUCAACGUCUUGAAAAUUUAAAAUUAUCAUUUUCAAAUAACAUUCAACAUAAAAAAACUUCACAUUAUUAUAAAUUAAUUGAAGAUUCUAAACAUUGUAUUGUUGCAUUAGAAACAACAUAUCGCGAUGCUUUAGAAUUAAAUACAACAUAUCUUGUUGGUAAAACAUUAGAUGGAGAAACUAUGCUAUUACCAAAACAACUUAUGGAACAAGCUAAUGUUAUAACAAUAAGUGAAAAUAAUACUAUAGAAGACGAACAAAUUAUUGAAAAACAUUCGGAUAUAUCUAAUGAAAAUGAAGAUAAUACGAAAAAAAUAUCAGUAAAAGAAAUUCUAAAAGCAUCAUAUGUAUCUGAAGGAAAUGUUGUUCGAUGUGUUACAGGAUCUUUUGAUUAA